AUGGGGAACGUAAUUCAAGAUGGGUUUAGAAUUCAAGUGUAUUCCGGAAAUAACACUUCUUUUUGGAAUCACAAAUGGAUGGGGGAUCAAACACUGCAAGAGGAGUUUCCAAGAUUGUAUUUGAAAUCGUCGCAAAGAGAUGAACUGUCUGUCUAUGAUCUUUGGGAAGCUGAAACUUUUACCCAAAAUUCCGGACUUGGUUCUUUGUGGAGAAGUCUUAGCCCUCCAAAAGUGGAGAUUUUCUCGUGGAUGGCAUGUCAAAGCAAGAUUGCAACUAGAUCAAUUUUGAGUAGUAGGAACAUAAUGGUAGGAGUAGAUGAAACAGCUCUGUUUUGCCCAUUUUGUUUACUGGAAUUGGAAACUCCAGUGCAUUUUCUACUAUCUUGUCCCUUUUCGACGGUCAUCUGGUCAAGAAUAGCCGAUUGGUGGAACAUAGUUUGGGUGGCUCCUUCAAAUUUGGCUGAUUUAUCUUUUUGGUGGUUCUUUUCUCAUUUCAAAAAUUUGAAGAAACAUCUUUGGGAGUGUUGUUCCUAUGCAACCCUAUGGUCUAUUUGGAUUGCAAGGAAUGACACUAUUUUCAACAAUAAAAUUGUGGAUUGCAAUCAUUUGGAAGAGUUAAUCAAAUCAAGAGCAGCCAUGUGGAUCAAAGCCAAGUUUGAUAUAAAGGUGUAUACGGUGGAAGAUAUCAAAUCAAACAUUGACGGUGUUAGAAGACUCGUUAUUUAG